AUGGCUGGGACGCGGGGCUCGGAGAGGAAGGAGAGCUCGGAGAUGGAAGAAGGGCAAUGUGACUCGGGCAUCUACUCGAUCCCCUCCAUCCGCUCCCUGCCCGGCCCGCCGGAGGAAGGGGAGCACCCCCCGGGCCUGGGGGACACGCUGCGGGAGAAGGACUCCGGCCCCCUGGGCAAAGAGGGAGCAGACGCCCUGGAAGCGGAGGAGAGGAUCGACUCUACCUAUGGCUCGGCCUCCCUAACCGAGCCCCUGGCCGCGCUGGGGCAACUCCCCGAGGAGGAAGCAGAAGCCCUGGAGGGGCUCAGCCAGCAGCAGCUGGAGGCACUCACCUACAUCUCGGAGGAUGGCGACACGCUGCUGCACCUGGCAAUCAUCCAUAGCUUCCCAGCACUGGCAUUCUUCUGCAUCACCCACCUGCCCACGGAGGUGCUCGAGAUCCAGAACGACUUGUUCCAGACCCCACUUCACCUGGCCGUGUACCUUGAGCAGCCCAACGUGGUGAGGGCACUGAUCCACAAUGGGGUGAGCCUGGCCCUGCAGGACCGCAACGGCAACACCCCUCUGCAUGUGGCCUGUGAGCAGCAGAACCUACAGUGCGCCAAGCAGCUGCUGCAGGAGCCAGGGGAGAGCACAGAGCCUCGAAGGAGCCUGCAGGACCUGCAGCUCCAGAACUGGCAAGGCUUAGCCUGUCUGCACAUCAGCACCUUGAAGGGGAACCUGCAGCUGAUGAAACUGCUGCUGCGGAGUGGAGCUGACAUUAACGUCCAGGACGGCACAAGUGGGAAGACGCCCCUGCACCUGGCAGUGGAGAGCCGUGACCGCGAGGCAGUUCAGUACCUGCUCAGCAAGGGGGCCCAUGUGGAUGCCCUGAUGUACAACGGCUGCACCCCGCUACACCUGGCUGUGGGCAGGAAGGACGCCGCCAUGGCGGCCAUACUGUACCAUUCGGGGGCUGACACCCUGCUGAGGAACAUGGAAGACGAGACCGCCCAGGACCUGGCCGACGGCAAUGACGACCUCCUCGCCCUCCUGCCUUUCGAUGACCUGAAGAUCUCGGGAAAGCUGGUGGUGUGCUCUGACUGA